AUGCUCACAUCACAGAAAUAUAUUCAGUCGGGCAUCUGUGACGGUAAUUACACGUGCGGCGUUGAUGGACUGGGAUGCAUAACGGACGCACUUCUGCGUAAGGAAAAGGUCCGGGAGGCCGCCAGGUGGACGUGGAAGGGCUACAGGCAAUACGCGUGGGGCCACGACGAGCUUAACGCCGGCUCUCGCACAUCGAGGGAGUGGUUUGCCUUAGGUCUUACCAUCGUGGACAGCCUGGAUACGCUUCAGAUCUUGGGGCUGCUAGAGGAGUACGCGGAAGCGCGCUUCUGGGUGGCCAACCACCUCAACUUCAACCAGGGAGAAGUUUCGGUUUUUGAGACGACCAUCCGCAUCCUUGGCGGCCUCGUGGCGGCUUUCUAUCACAGCGGGGGCGACGAGCUUUUCCUGCUGAAAGCUGUGGAAUUCGCUGAGAGCGUGCAUGACACGGAGGAACCUCGCGGCAAAUUUGGCAUUGGUAGCACCUGCUUGGCGGAGGUUGCCACAGUGUCCAUGGAAUUCAGCGCAGUGUCACGGCUCUCAGGGCGGCCCGAGUUUCGUGACACGGCAAUGAUCCCGUGGCAGAAGCUUACAAGCAUGCAAGACCUGGAUGGCCUCUAUUGCACCUUCCUGAACGGCGACAGCCUCGGGUGCAGCGGGAACCACUACACCAUGGGUGCCUCAGCGGAUAGCGCUUACGAAUACAUGCUGAAACAGUGGAUCAUGAACAAAAACGACUCGAUGUGCAUCGAUAUGUAUAAGAAGGCCAUUGGGGGCAUGCGCAAGCAUAUGCUAACGCAGCUGUGGAUGGGCGAGGACAUCGGUGAUGUCUGGAUAGUAGCGGAGAAUGACGGUGGGCGUACAAGAUCGAAUAUCCUGGAGCACCUUACCUGCUUCCUUCCUGGAACCAUCGCCCUUGGUCAUAUGUACGGGAUUAACACGGCCAGCUCGCCAGAUGAGGACGAUGACCUGACCGUCGCCGUCAAGCUUAUGAAGGCUUGCUACGAGCUGUACCAUCAAACAGCCACUGGUGUGGCGUUCGACUCGGUCCUUCUGGUGCCACGCUACUCGCCGGAACCAGUCGUAGAUAAAGGGAUUGGGCAGUUUCAGACCGGAACGACGUUUACGGCGGGCUCCACAGCUACGGGCAACGGCAACCAGCAAGAAAGCAGCGGCAAGGGACGCAUACUGCUCCAGGACGGAGGGUCAGCUGGGAAGACCAAGUACGCAUUCGCGCCAAGGAGCCGUGAGAACUUCCUGCGUCCGGAGGUCGCGGAGUCGCUGUUCUACCUGUGGCGCGCGACAGGCGACCCAAUCUAUCGCGAGUGGGGCUGGAAUAUGUUCCGCGCUUAUGAACGCUGGUGCCGCGUGAGCACGGGAGGCUACCAGGUCUUGAACAACGUUGAUACCGUGCCGCCCUCCGUUGGUAACAAAAUGGAGUCGUUCUGGAUGGCUGAAACCAUGAAGUACUUCUACCUACUCUUCUCGGAUGACCCAGAUGAGAUACCUCUGGACGAGUUCGUGUUCAACACCGAGGCACACCCGUUGGCCAUCUGGGGCACUGAAACGGACCUCACGCUACGUGAAGUGCUUGCGAACGCCCACGGUCGACUCGAGGCUAGCGGGGUUAAUGCAUUGGGCAAGAGCGCCCAGUAUUAUCAGAGCAACCUAAUGGGAAUGACGGCGGCGGAGAGGCAUAAAAAGUUUGUGAACGACUACUUAACUUACUACGCUUGCGGAAGGGACGAACCGUCCACGAAGAACGAUGCUGCACGUAUUCGAACGGAUGCCGACGCCUUGAGGGAACAUCAUCGCUUUAUACGAAGCGAUGCAGACAACGAGAGUAGCAGCUGGGAGGCGCGACUUGCAAAGCGCUAUUAUGACCGGCUUUUUAAGGAGUAUGCCAUCGUGGACCUGACCUAUUACAAACAGAGCAAGCUGGGCAUGCGGUGGCGGACGCAAAAGGAGGUCGUGUCAGGCAAGGGGCAGUUCGUGUGCGGAGCAAAGGGCUGCGAUGCGGGCGAAGGCCUGUGUAGCUAUGAAGUCAACUUCGCGUACCAGGAAGCUGGUGAGCGCAAGCAGGCUCUGGUCAAGCUCCGUCUGUGCCCUGCCUGCGCCUUCAAGUUGAAUUAUCGAAAAGAAAAGCAGCUGCAGAAGGCAGCGGAUGCCGCCGCGGCGCGCAAGCGCAAGCGUGAGCAGGAGCUAGAAGAGCGGAUGCCGAACGACCCGCUGGUACAGGAGGCCCUGGAGUACGUGCAACGCUACGCGCACGGUGGCAGCGAUGAGGCCGGGCCGUUCAACCCGGAGGCUGGCAUUGGUACCGCGGACUUUGAGCGGGCGACGGGUGACGUCGCUCCGCCGCCAGCCGCCACGGCGGCCCGCGCCGGCGGUUCUGGAGUUGCCAUUGAUGCUUUGGGCGGGACUGGGACAGAGGGUGCACAGCGGGCACCAGCGGUCAUUACGCUGCCGGCAGAUAACAGUGUCUGGGAAUUGAAGCCAGCGCAGGAGACAGUUAACGUAGAGGAGGAGAUGGAUGCGUACUUUGAGGGCCUAUUUUUGUGA